CAACUUUGUUGACUGCGGCGGAGACGCGCGAGAUCGUCACUUGCAGCAUCUGUGAAGGACAUGACUAGACUAAACGGACAGAGAAUGGAUGCAAACGUCUUGGUACUCGGCACCGACAAUGUUGGGAAAUCUGCACUUAUUGUCCGAUUCCUGACUCGUAGAUUCAUCGGGGAAUACGGGGAUAUUGAGUCCCUUUACACUCACAAUGUUGUUGUGGAUGGACGAGAGCAAACUUUGAAUAUAUGGGAUGCACCAUAUUCACAAGACCUGUCUUCUGAGUCCUUGAUGUACGAAAAAAGAGUCCAGUGGGCAGAUGGCUUUGUGCUGGUCUACAGCAUCUGUGACCGAGCCAGUUUCAACAUGGUCUCCAGACUCAUUCAAAUUAUCAAAACCAAUAAGGACAUUCUGGGCUUUGAGAAGAUGCCCAUAGUUAUUGUGGGAAACAAGAGGGACCUGCACCAUCGCCGAACGGUCCUCAGCGAAGAGGGCAGGCUGCUUGCUCUCUCCGCAGACUGUCAGUUUUAUGAGGUCUCAGCUGCUGAGAACUACCACAGUGUCCUCAUGGUUUUCCAUGGGCUGGUGGAUCGCAUCAGGGAGUCCAGGGUGUCUGUGAAAAAAUUAGCAGGCAUCAAGGGCAUUGUGAAGAGCAUGUCCGCAGUGUUUGCCCGCAGGCGAACAGAUUCGCUUUGAAGCUGAUGGGAGCUCUGGAAAUAAAGCUUAUGUGGUCUGAUAUGACCUAUUUUAGAUCCUUUGAGGGGGCGAGCUCUUGCUGUGGCUUGCAUGAUAGUCUGGGACCUCUCGUGUGACUACAGCUGGAUCUUCCGUGUGGGCAGCUAAGAGAUUGCCCUAGUUUGUCUGCUGAGGUGAUGGCUUCUAUUGAGAACAUGUCGACAUCGGGGAGUUCUCAAUAAAAUGCUUAAGAUGCUACGUGGCAGCAGAUUAUAUCAAUCAUAAAGGGAGUGAAUAUUCCAUUGUUCGAGGAUAACUAUGUAAUUUAACCUCCUUUGCUUAUUUUAAAAGGAAAUAAAAAAAUGCUGGAAAAUGUCUCACCCUUAGACCAUCCAAAAUGUAGAUGAGUUUGGUUCUUCAUCUUGGCAGAUUUUGGAAAAAUUAGCAAUACAUCACUUGCUCUCCAGUGGAUCUUCUGCUGUAAAUGGGUGCCGUCAAAAUGAGAGUUCAAAUCAUAAUUCACUAAUAAUCUACAUAACUGUUUUUGCUUCUAAACUGUACUUGAUCUGGGUAUAUUUCUCUUGAAUCGGACGAGAUGACUUUUGUUUUGUAAUAAGCAUUAUUAUGGACAGAGGAAGAUUCAUUACUUUGACAUCAUGUAUUAUUUCAUUACAAACUCGCGUUACAAGAUUAGAGUUGAUGGCUGCAGUCCUGUUGAUUACUGGAUUAUUGCAAUGUUUUUAUCAGAUGUUUUAAAUAUUAUUCUGACGGCAUCCAUUCACUGCAGAGGAUCCAGUUUAGAGCAAAUAAUGUAAAUUUUUCCAAUUCUCUUCAGAUUAAGAAACAAUCUACAUGUUGGCUGGCCUGAGGGUGAAUACAUUUUCAGCUAUUGCAUAGAAACAGGAGAGAUUUCUCUGCAAAUAAUCAUGAAUACUGAAAGAAGGUAAACACUGUGGUGGUGACGACCGUGGGAAUCUUUUAUGAGUCGAAGCUGAUGUGCUGUGGCCUAAAAAAUAAUAAGCUGGCAUGAGACAACAUAUGCUACAUUUAUUAAAUACAAAAAGCUCCAACAGUAUCAGGUAUUAUCAUUUAAGGGGCUGUUAUCAGUUCAAGGCUGUCUCGCUGUUUGAUGAUUUCGUCUUUGUGCAUUUAGAUAACAGUACAGAAAGCCCCCAGCUUCUUUUCUGAGGCUGUUUAAGUGCUUUAUGAAGAACAUGUGUUGGUUUUUUUUUAGACCACACUGUUUAAUCGUUCUUGUGCUAUAAAGCUAAUAAAUCAAAGAAACACUUCCCCUGAGUGCCAUUGUACAAUGCAAUGUUACAAUCAAUAAAUGAAUAUGCCGUAUUUGUAUUGAAUGCAUUGUUACAGCAAAAUCGCGUUGUCAAAGUUUGUUAACUAUGGUUGAUGAAAGAUUACAGAUUAGUUUAAAGGGAAACAAAUGCAAUGGAUACAUGGUGUAUAGCUGACAGUGUAUGUACAUGUGUAUUCAUUUAUUUAUCUAAAAUAAGCAAAGAUGUAUAUAUAUUAAUAGAGAUUCAUAGACCACAAUCAGGCAUUACAAGUAUGCAUGUAAACUUUUUGAUCAGCUCAAAUGAUUACACUAGGACUGAAGAGGCAUUUGGACAAAUUAAGAUCAAUGUUAAUAUUAAUUCUAUAAAUAAUAUAACCAAAUAGCAAAUAACCUUUACCUGGUAUUGUCAAUCUUAUAUCUUUGAACUGAAGAAAACAAAUAAACCUGAGGACUUUUUAACUAACACAAUACUUCCUCAAACAUAAAAUAGGCAGGAACAUUAAAAAAAUCUGAUUACGAAGUACUUAAUUUAAUUUUCCUUUUAGCCGAGUCACAUCUGUGCAGUCUUUUAAGUCGUGUAAUGAUCGAAUCUCAUUUCUCAUACGCUUUUUUUAAGGG